AUGUUGGGUUCUUUGAGAAACUUGCCUCUUGUCCAGGACCUGAAUUGGCGCCUCGCAGCCGUCGGUCUAACAUCUUCACUUGGAGCUUUCGGCUUCGGCUUUGAUAACGGAUGGUGGGGUGGCGCCUUGGGUUUGUCUGAGUUCAAGCACAAGUAUGGUGCUUAUAAUCCAGCACUCGGAGAAUGGGCCAUUCCCUCACAGAAAGCAUCUGUCGGAACUGGAACCGGUUCAGCGGGCAUCAUCCUGGGUUGUCUGAUGGCCCCCAUCAUCACCUCCAAGUGGGGACGCAAGGCUGGAUUCUUGAUCUUGUCACUGCUGAUGGUGUGUGGAGUGAUUCUGGAGGCUAGUGCAGUCACAUCCUUUUGGCAACUUGUUGUCGGAAGAAUUGUCGUUUAUUCUGGUAUUGGUUUGGCGUCGAACGUCGUUCCGACAUACUUGUCCGAAUGUUCGCCCACAAGAGUUCGAGGUGCCUUCCUAGCUCUUUAUUCGUUCUUCACCUCGUUGGGAGUUUUCAUCGCCACUGUGGUUGUCUAUGCUUCCCGCAACCGCAGCGACCAAUGGCAAUACCUUAUAGUCAUAUGCUUCCAGCUCCUUGUACCAAUCGGAUACCUCGUCGCUCUCCCUUUCCUCCCAGAAUCACCUCGAUACCUGAUCUAUCGUGGUAAAUAUGCGGAAGCGGAGCAAGUUCUGAAAACGCUCCAUAACAACCAGGACAAUAUUGCACAAGAGAUCGAACUGCUGAAGGUCCAGAUCGAAGAGCAAAGAGAUCUCCACAAAGCCACCUCAGUGCUUGACUGUUUCAAAGGAACCAAUUUGCCCCGGACAAUCGCGUGCAUGGGUGUCCAGAUCUUGCAACAGGCCCAAGGUGUGUCUUUCAUUCAGAACUUCAUCGUCACCUUCAUGCAACAGCUCGGCUUCCCAGAUCCAUUGAAGACAAAUGUCCUCGUGACAGGCUGUUCAUUCGCUUGCCACAUAUUCACAUUCGUCACAUUUGAUCAGCUGGGUCGUCGGUGGUCAUUGCUUUUUGGAUCCCUCGGGCUUGCAGCUACCAUGUUGGGAACAGGCGGUGCUAUCGAGUCCAGCGCGACGGUGGCAAGCCUGUCAAUCGAGACGAAGAAUGCAUGUGUCGCGCUGCUCGUUCUCUGGUACUGUAUUUAUGGCUUCACCUGGGGUCCAGGCUGCUGGAUUGUGACAGGCGAAGUGGGAACCGGUCAACUUCGAGAGCGAACCGUUUUUCUCGCCUCGAUGGGAAGCUUUUUGACCUCGAUUCCCAUCAACUUCGUCAACCCCUAUCUGCAAGCGUCGAUCGGUGGGCGUGUAACCUUCAUCUAUGGGGCCUUUUCUGUGGUAUCACUGGUAUUUGUGUGGCUUGUUGUCCCGGAGACCAAAGGAAGGUCUCUUGAAGACAUUGAUGAAAUGUAUCAGGCACGCCUUUCUCCUUGGAAGUUUCAACAGUAUACUUGCACGGGGAUCGGUGCGCAAAUUGCAAGUUUGAAUGGCGAUGGAGGGAAGCUUAGUUUUGUGGUGGAGAAGGAUGAUAGACCUACCAAAGAAGAGGUGGAAUGA